AUGAGAGCUGCGCAUACCCGGACCGACCAGUCAGCCUUGAGCCUCACCCACGCUGCUGCCGUCGAGCGUCCGAUCUCGAUGGAACGUAGCCCUUCAGACACGACCGAGCAUGCGUCAAGGGCGGCGUUGGGCUUGCUGACCGGCAGCCUCGGUGGCUACCGGCCGGAACUUGCGCAACGUCCGAGGAGGGGCGACACCGCGCCACCAACGUGUGCGGGAGCACCGGCAACAACGUCGACGUCGUUACGUCGUGCCGAGUCGGCGACGCUACGACUCGAAGUUCUCGAGCAGAAUGGCAAGCGCCGCACAUGGUACCGCGGUUCGAAUGGCCAGUUUGCUUCGGGUAGCCGCCCAACGCCUCUCAAUGAGCUUGAUGGAUCAUCUGCCGGAGCGGCGUCCGGUCGUGGCGGCGCCGGUCGCGAAGGACCGACUCAGCCGCUUCGACGCAUUCGCAAGCGGCGCAAGGGUGACGAGAUCGACCGCAAGUACAUCUGCGACUUUGCGGGAUGCGACAAGGCGUAUGGAACGCUCAACCGUAGGUGCCGGGCCCGUCGCCGCCUCGUCGCCGCCUCGAUCCCGCCUUGA